CCGAAAGCCAAGAAAAUGUCGUUCACGGGGACUUUAGACAAAUGCAAAGCUUGUGAUAAAACGGUUUAUUUUGUUGAUUUAUUGUCGGCGGAUGGAGUCACGUAUCACAAAGCAUGCUUCAAAUGUAGCCAUUGCAAAGGAACGCUUGUGAUGAGCAACUACUCUUCCAUGGAUGGGGUCCUCUAUUGCAAGACACAUUUUGAACAACUUUUCAAGGAAUCUGGGAAUUUCAGCAAGAACUUUCAAACAACAAAACCAGAAAGAGAUCCGUCACUGCAGACAAGGACACCAAGCAAAUUAUCCUCUAUGUUCUCCGGAACUCUAGACAAAUGUAGAGCUUGUGAUAAAACCGUUUAUCCUCUCGAAAAGGUGACAAUGGAAGGAGAAUCAUACCACAAGACUUGCUUCAAAUGUGCUCAUGGAGGGUGUCCUCUAACACACUCAUCAUAUGCUGCCCUUGAUGGUAUCCUAUAUUGUAGGCAUCAUUUUGCUCAACUUUUUAUGGAAAAGGGUACCUACUCUCAUGUCCUUGAGGCUGCAAACCAAAAGAAAAACGGCCCCGCCUCAUCCGAAGAACAACCACCAGGAGAUGGAGAUGAAGGUGAAGCCGCUAACGCUGGCGAUAGCCAGCCCGAACCGGAGGAUGAACAACCGGAAAAAGAAGAAGAAAAAGAAGAAGAAAAGGAAGAAAAAGAAAAAGAAGAGGAGGAAUCCAAAACAGAUUAAUCCUACACCAAUAAACACAUUUUGGUUAAUUGUGUGUCACAUGGAUUAGUUUGUAUAUUUUAAGAAAAGAAGUCACAUUAAUUUCUUUAGUGGGAAACACCAUUUCUUGAUCACUAGAUUGUGAUUCAUAUAAUGGUCUCAAAUAAAUUUCCAGUUUUGAUGUAUGUAUGUAUAUAUGUAAAUUUUUGGUAUACAUGAAUAUUUUGAUGACAA